AUGGCCGGUCUUCUCAAAACGCCGUCGUUGCAUCUCAUACCAACGCUUCUUCAUGUACCUUCCGUACCCGUUAAGCCCUUUUGCGUUUCCUUCGCCGGUGGAAGGAACACCAGCGUCUCACUCUCUCGCCGAGCUUCUCUCCGGUCUGUCUCUGGUGGCCAUCCUCUCCGGUUGCUAAACCUCGUCCCGUUUGCUUCGGGAGAAGCCGAGACGACGGAGACUGAGGUGGAAUCGAGCGAACCCGAAGUCCAGGAGACGGAUGGUGCUGAGGGUGAAAACGCCGGCGCCGAGGGGAGUGAAGCUGAGGAAGAAGAAGCGGCGGUUACCAUAGCAUUGCUGAAUUCGUAUAAAGAAGCUUUAGCAGAGAACAACGAGGAGAAGAUUGCUGAGAUAGAAGCAUCUUUGAAGUCCAUAGAAGAUGAAAAGUUUCAGCUUGAGGAUAAAGUAGCUUCUUUAACCAAAGACUUGUCGGCGGAGAGGGAUCGGCUGAUAAGGAUCAGUGCAGAUUUCGACAACUUCAGGAAGAGGACGGAGAGGGAAAGGCUAAACCUUGUUUCAAAUGCGCAAGGAGAGGUCGUUGAGAAUCUAUUGGCUGUUUUGGAUAAUUUCGAGAGAGCUAAAUCCCAAAUCAAGGUGGAGACUGAGGGAGAAGAAAGAGUCACUAACAGCUAUCAGAGCAUUUACAAACAGUUUGUUGAAAUUUUGGGAUCGCUUGGUGUUGUUAAUGUGGAGACAGUCGGCAAGCAAUUCGAUCCAAUGCUUCAUGAGGCAAUAAUGAGAGAGGAUUCUGCGGAAUACGAAGAAGGUAUAGUACUUGAAGAAUACAGGAAAGGUUUCUUGCUCGGAGAGAGGCUUUUACGUCCUUCAAUGGUGAAAGUAUCUGCUGGACCGGGGCCAGAAAAGCCCCAAGAAGCUGAAGUAGAAGAAGAAGCCACCGCGCAAGGAAGCGCAGAAGAAGAAGCAGCUUCAUCUUGA